UCUCUCGCAUUCCUUUAUACCAUUCCACCACAUUCGUUCAACCACAAUGAAGUACACCAUCUUCGCGGCCAUCAUCGGCCUGGCUUCUGCCACCAGCUACGCUGCCCCAGACGCUAAGACAUGCGACUGCUACUUCAAGUACAGAGAGUGUCAGGGUGGCCCAGAUGCCAAUCAGUCCUUCUGUGCAUCUCAGUUCGCUGGAUGGUGAGCACAAACGUCUUCUUGCAGCUUGGUGCCGACACACUGACAGACUUUCUCUCAUUAGCGCAAACUACAACCCUUUCACUGGCGAGGAGCAAGCCCCAUACUUCGCCAACUUGCAGGCGAACUGCAAGGCCGCCACCACCUCUGCUCCAGACGGCUACCCUACCGCUCCUCCUACCUACGGUGCAUCGUCCUCGGCCCCUGCUCCAACCUACCCAGCUGGCAAGCCUGAUGCGAAGACAUGCGAGUGUUACGCAAAGCUUGGUCAAUGCCAGACUGGCCCGAACGCCAACCAGUCCUUCUGCUCCUCGCAGUUCGCUUCCUGGUAAGUCUACGCCUGCUAUCGCUAACGAAGAAGACGAGUCGCUAACGAAGAAGACGAGUUAUGCUAACCUCGCAAUAGCGCUGGCUACAACCCAUACAUUGUCGACACUGCUGCCACCACUGCUUACUUCGACAACUUGGACAAGAACUGCCCAACUGGUGGCGCUCCUUCUGGCACCAGCCCAGCUGGUACUAAGCCAGUCGCUUACCCAACCGCAUCCAACAACCACACCAUCACCACAUACACCGGUGCUGCCAGCCACACCCGUGUCGGUGCUGGCGCUCUUGCCGCUGGUAUGGCUGCCAUGCUCGUCUUGUAAAAGAGUUGAUAUGUAUACCGGGGUUGUCGGAGUGUGGUGGAAGGAGAUCCCAGAUGUGAAGAAUGCGUUGUAGUGUACAUCGUCAAGAUGUUGAUAAUAAUGAAUGUAAAAACACGCCUAACAUUUCGUGGCGAGGCACUGGUUGCCUCGAGGCGCUCGAUCUU